AUGUUCAAGCGCUCAUUCCGAUCGAAUGAUCGCGUGGAGAAAGCUGUGAAGUUGAAGAAGUCUUCUAGGGAUCCCGCGAAGUUGUCGAAAUUGCAGAAGUCGUUCGAUCAGAGCCCGCCAGUCGGGAGUACUCUGACCUCGCGGAUUGUAACCUUUACAGUCGGCAGGGAAGAACGGCUCUUUGCAGCCCAUGAGGAUGUCCUCUCGCUGUCGCCGUUCUUUUCGGCGCUGUGCAGAGGGCAGUUCCUUGAGGCGCAGAGCAAGAGGAUCGAUCUCCCAGACGAAGAACCCGAAAUCUUCUCGUGUGUUCUCGAGUACCUAUACAAGGGCGACUACUACCCCCGCUUAGUCCACAACAAGCGCAGAAGUUCUUGGGAACUCGAGGAUGCCGAGAAGAGCCCAAACCCUGAAAAUCCCGGUGGCCGCGGAUCCGUCGAGGCCACAACAUACAUCUCCAGCGUGGGAGACCACGUAUUAAAGGAUACAGUCAUAUAUUGUGCGGCGGAGAAGUAUGGCUUGGAGGAGCUCAAGCGCCUUGCUCUUAAAAAGCAAGGUCUGCAGAGUGGAAUCGAGGUCUCUACAAUCCUGCGUAGCGCACGAUAUGCCUAUGACAACACGCCGGACUCGGACUCGCGGCUCCGCGCUCAUUAUCUUGCCCUGAUCAUCAGAUGUCGCAAGACAUUUAAGAGGAGCGGAACCAUGCAGACAGAAAUGGAGAGUGGCGGUAAACUUUUCUUUGACCUUUUCGUGGCUUUAUGCAAUCAUGUGGAUGAUAUUGUGGAUAUCGGGAACGCCCGAUCUCCCAAGACCAUCUAA